AAAUCCCAGAAUAGAGACUUGCUUAGAUGUCCUUCUUUGAGAAAAUGUCUACAGCAGAUCUGAUGGAGAAUCUCAGGGAGGAGCUGACCUGUUUCAUCUGCUUGGACUAUUUCACCAGCCCAGUGACCACCGAGUGUGGGCACAGCUUUUGUCUGGUGUGUCUCCUGAGAAGCUGGGAGGAACAUAACACCCCCUUGUCAUGUCCUGAGUGCUGGAGGACCUUGGAGAUCCCGCAUUUCCAGCCCAAUGAGCGUCUGGGGAGGCUGGCUGGCAUCGGCAAGCAGCUCAGAUCCCAGGUCCUGCAGAGUGAGGGCAACCAGGGCAGCUACGAGAGGAUGCUAGCUGCUACCAGGAUGCUGUCUGACGAGGAGCUGGGGGGCCACAACGUCUUAACCCAAGGCCACGGAGUAAACAGAAUGAAUCUCUCCAGUGAGGCUGAGGAGCAUCACAAAGAGAAACUCCAGGAAAUACUAGACAUUUUGUGUAAAAAGAGAAAGGAAACAGAGGUUAUAUUAAACCAUGAGAAGGAGAGAGUGAUAUUGUGUAAGGAAGAGACAAAGACCUGUAAGCAGGUUGUCCUGUCAGAAUAUGCAAAAAUGCACCAGUUCCUGAAGGAGGAGGAGCAGCUGCAGCUGCAGCUGCUGGAAAUGGAGGAACGAGAGAACCUGAAGAAACUGCGGGACAAUGAGAUCAGGCUGACCCAGCAGAUGCGAAGCCUGAGCAAAAUGAUGGAACAGAUAGAGUCCACAUGUCAGAACUCGAUCAUAGAGUCUUUCGAGGAUGUGAGAGGAAUACUGGAAAGGAGUGAGCCCCUCUUGCUUCAGUGUCCGGAGGCCAUCAGCACGGAACUGACUCUGUGCCACAUCACAGGAAUGAGGGAGAUGCUAAGAAAAUUCAGCACAGAUAUAACCCUAGAUCCAGCCACAGCCAACGCCUACCUAGUCUUGUCUGAGGAUCUGAAAAGUGUGAAACAUGGAGGAAUCCGACAGCAGUUGCCUGACAACCCUGAAAGAUUUGACCAGUCUGCCACAGUGCUGGGCACUCAGGUCUUCACCUGCGGGAGACACUAUUGGGAGGUGGAAGUAGGCAACAAGACCGAGUGGGAGGUGGGCAUCUGUAAGGACUCAGUGAGCAGGAAGGGGAAUCUCCCCAAGCCUCCUGGGGACCUCUUCUCACUUAUAGGCUUAAAGAUUGGCGAUGAUUAUAGUCUUUGGGUCUCAUCACCUUUGAAAGGCCAACACGUCAGAGAGCCAGUGCAUAAGGUUGGCAUUUUCUUAGACUAUGAGUCCGGACAUAUAGCGUUCUACAACGUGACAGACGAGUCCCUCAUCUACAGCUUCCCUCCAGCCUCUUUCCAAGAGGCUCUCAGACCCAUCUUCUCCCCUUGUCUCCCAAACGAAGGGACCAACACAGGCCCUCUUGUCAUCUGCUCGCUGAAUCACCAUGUCUGAGGGAGACAGCCUCAGCCUUCUUGGAGAGUGAGGUUUAAGACCAACUGAUAACUAUUAAUUAGGAUGAUUAAUGCAUUGAUAGUAUUAACAUCAGGUGAUCUGAAAGAAAGCAUCGCCCCCCCGCCCCGCCACAACCCUCAAGAGUUUCCAUUAUCUUGAGCCCCCACUGAACAGCCAAAUUGGACAAUCAACUUCUAACACCAAUAGGAGAAAGCUGACUUUAUCCUGUGUCUUGAAUCAAAUUCAUUAUCUAGACUGCCCCCUAUAUGUGCUGAUCACUGAAAAUGUAAAGAUAGAACUAGCCCCUAGUAACCUGAAUCCCAUUGUCAUAGGCCAGGUUUAUAAAUCUAUGUCAUUUUUUUCAAGUGUAUUUAUUUAUUUGACUCUAAAAAGCUCUACUAUUUG